AUGCCUCGAGGAUUUUUAGUGAAACGGAGUAAACGCGUCUCUGCAGCAUCUUACCGAAUGCGUAACGAAGACAGGGAAACUCCAAAAUCUGACCCCUCAACGCAGUCUACAGACGGACCGACAAGUGUAUUAGUUGCUUGCCCAAAUGUGGCGGUAUCUGAAACUGUUAGAGAAUGCUGGACAAGUGCCCCAACUAAAACUAGUCAACCUCAUGUACCAGAAGGUUCAGCGGACAUGGAAAACAGUUUAGAACAUGGAGAUUACGCACACCAUUUCAGUGAUCCAGAGCAAAGCGAGUCUCCUUGCAACAGUGACAUAUCAUACAGUCCCAUAAAACCGGUGAGCGUCGAACUGAAGAGGUCAUUUUUUGAUAGGUGUCUCAGUUCACCUGCGACAGCGGAGUCGUUUCCACUGAGUACGCCUGUGUCUUCCAUCGAGCGGCUCCUGAUGAACCAUGCAGAGAUGAAAUUUGACUCACCUGUGAAUACUUAUACCUCUUUUCAUCAAAGUAUAAAACGCUCAUACAUGGAGACGGAACGCAAGAGCAAACCGUCGGGGAAAAAGCCCAAAGUCAUGAGGAAGCUCAACUUUGAAGAUGAAGUGACGACCUCGCCAGUCCUUGGGCUUAAGAUAAAGAAGGAGAGCCCCGAGUCUAAAGAGGGACCAUCAUCAACCUCAGGGAAAAAGAAACCUCUUGGUGAGUUCAUUUGUCAGCUUUGCAAAUUAGAGUAUCCCGAUCCUUUCUCACUAGCACAGCAUAAAUGCUCUAGGAUUGUCCGCGUUGAAUAUCGCUGUCCUGAGUGCGACAAAGUUUUCAGCUGUCCCGCCAACCUAGCCUCGCAUCGCAGGUGGCAUAAACCUCGCAACCUUAACAACAGUGAGUCGCAGAGCAUGAAGAAGUCACAGUUAGUUGGGCGCAUCCCCGAGAAGACAUCGAUGGAGGGAAAAGAGAACACAAACAAGAUUAUGGUCAAUAAUCAGCACCACCUCACCUUGGAUAGCUCCCAGUGCCACAGGCCAACGGACAGCAUCCACGGAGAGGAGCAGCUGCGCACCAGGUCGCAGGACAGUCCGCCUCCUCCUCUUGACCAGAGGUACAUGUCUACUGAAAAAUGCUUCGAUCUGCAUAUUAGGUCCGCUGAUAACUCAAGGCUGUUCGAACACUGCUCGGAAGCGACAGACGUUUCAACCUCGGCAUAUCUUCCAUCUCCCGGUGGGGGAGAAGAAGUGUACGAAUGCCAUUAUUGCAGCAAAAAGUUUCGAAGACAAGCCUACUUGAGGAAACACCUUGCCGCGCACGAGACAAUCAAGUCACCUCCUUACAACCAAAUUGAGAGUGGGCAAAUCACUUUCCCCUGUCACCUUUGCGGAGCACAUUUCCCAUCUGCAGAGAUUCGCGAUAAGCACAGACUUUGGCACGCAGUUAGGGAUGAUAUUUUUGUAAACCCAGGGAAAAGCGCAAGCGCUUUAAUGCGACCGGACCUUUCUACGGGAGACCAGCAGAUAUUCUCGUGUAAACAUUGUCCAUCGACCUUCUUCAGCUCGCCCGGUUUAACCAGACAUAUCAACAAGUCCCAUCCGACCGAAAACAGACAGGUUAUGCUUCUGCAGAUGCCUGUAAGGCCAGGUUGCUGA